GAUCUUUUCAGUUGAGUCUUCUGAGAGUCUCUGAGAGACAUCAGAGAUGUUGGAGAAGAAAACAUGUUGACUGCUGACUCUGACUGACAGCAGCUCCAGUCUAAUGAGAAGAAUCACUGCAGACUCCUAGGAUUCAGAUUUUCAUGCUUUCCAAACAUCACAUUGUUCUAGUUUGACUUUCUGCUCUCAGAAUUUCUACAUUUCUACAUGGAGAAUUGGAAUCAGCUUUUCUAGAAAAAAGUCUGGAUUGACUGACAGAAAAUGCUGAAAGCUGGAAACUGUUGAUCCAAACAUGUCAUGUUAUUCCAGACUAAACAGCUCAGUCUGUGUUCAUGUCAAAGUCCAUCAGCUGUUCAUGAAGAAGCAGAUCCUCCAACACUCUGAUGGUUUGGUGUUUGCAGAGGUCAACAGGUCACACAGAGAGUCCAGUCUGCAGCCUCCAGCUGUGGAUCCAUGAAGAGUGACCGGUCCAAAAAUGAUCCUCCAAACUUCAGAACUGAACCAGGACCUUCAGACUCACAUGUCCACAGAGAGAAGAAGAGGAGCGGACCCCAGUCUGCAGAAAGAGCCAGAGCUGCAGAUGUUGGUCUGCAGGAGAUGUUUGGAGAACAUCAGAUCAGUCUGAGGAGCAGAAGUGAACAUGUGGCUGAAGGAACUGAAGGAAGAGAAACGCUCCUCAACAGGGUCUACACUGAGCUCUACAUCACAGAGGGACUGAGACCAGAGGCUCACACCCAACAUGAGGUGAUGCAGCUGGAGACCACCACCAAGACCAACCAGCUCCAUGACACUGCAAUCAAGAACCCAGACAUCUUCAAAGUCCUCCCUGACCAACACAGAUCCAUCAGAGUGGUUCUGACCAGCGGAGUUGCUGGAGCUGGAAAAAGCUUCUCAGUGCAGAAGUUCACUCUGGACUGGGCCGAGGGCUUGGAGAACCAAGACAUCAGUGCUGUGGUUCCUCUGUUCUUCAGGGAGAUGAACUUGAUCAGAGAUGAGCAGCACAGUCUUCUCACUCUGAUCCAGCUGUUCCAUCCAACACUCCAGAAGAUCCCAGCAGAACAGCUGUCUGUCUGCAAACUUCUGUUCAUCUUUGAUGGUCUGGAUGAAAGCAGACUUUCUCUGGACUUCAACAACAGUCCGCUGGUGUCUGAUGUCACACACAAGUCCUCAGUCAACGUGCUGCUCACUAACCUCAUUCAGGGACGUCUGCUGCCCUCAGCUCUGGUCUGGAUCACUUCCAGACCUGCAGCAGCCAAUCAGAUCCCUCCUUCAUGUGUGGACAGACUGACAGAAGUCCGAGGCUUCAAUGAUGCUCAGAAGGAGGAGUACUUCAGGAGGAGGUUCCCAGAUGGAGAGCUGUCCAGCAGAAUCAUCUCCCACAUCAAGGGCUCCAUGUCCCUCUACAUCAUGUGUGAAGUUCCAGUCUUCUGCCGGAUCACUGCUGUGGUUCUGGAGAACCUGCUGACCACAGAGCAGAGAGGAGAGCUGCCCACCACCCUGACUGACAUGUACUCCCACUUCCUGAUGGUCCAGACAAAGAGGAAGAAGAACAAGUACCAGCAGGAACAUCAGACAAGUCCACAAGAGCUGACAGAGACUGACAGGGAAGUUCUUCUGAAGCUGGGGAGGCUGGCAUUUGAACAUCUGGAGAAAGGAAACAUCAUGUUCUACCAAGAAGACCUGCAGCAGUGUGGUCUGGAUGUCACAGAGGCCUCAGUGUACUCUGGAGUUUGUACUGAGAUCUUCAGAAGAGAGUGUGGGAUCUUCCAGAAACCGAUCUAUAGCUUUGUUCAUCUGAGCGUUCAGGAGUUUCUGGCUGCAGUCUACAUGUUCCACUGUUACUCCAACAGGAAGGUAAAGGUCAUUGAGGACUUCCUGAAGAACAACAUGGAGAACCCAUCCCUGGAUGAGUUUCUGAGUAGAGUCAUGAAGAAAUCCCUGCAGAGUAAAACUGGACACCUGGACCUGCUGGUUCGCUUCCUUCAUGGUCUCUCUGUGGAGUCCAACCAGAGACUCUUAGGAGGCCUGCUGGGUCAGACAGAGAAGAAUCCAGAAACCAUCCAGAGAGCCAUAAAUAACCUGAAGGAGAUCAACAAUGGAGGAGUCUCUCCUGACAGAAGCAUCAACAUCUAUCACUGUCUGAUGGAGAUGAAGGACCUCUCAGUUCAUCAGGAGAUCCAAGAGUUCCUGAAGUCAGAGAACAAAUCAGAGAAGAAACUCUCAGAGAUCCACUGCUCAGCUCUGGCCUACACUCUGCUGAUGGCAGAGGAGGUUCUAGAUGAACUGGACCUGAACCAGUACAAGAUAUCAUCAGCUGAGGGUAUGCGGAGACUGAUCCCAGCUGUGAGGAACUGCAGAAAGUUCAGGUGAGUCCAGAAGUGAUUGUGAUGAUAAAUCAGAUCAGUGUUCAGAUUGAUUUACAAAGAAUGAAAGGUUUGAAAAUGAUUAGAAAUAAAAAA